ACGCUGGGCAGGACUGAGACAAAUAAUCCAAUCAUUAGUUCACCAACACCGCUGAUGUCUUGCUUACAGUCCCUGAGAGAUGACUUCACUCUGAGGCCGUUUGAGCUCCAGGACACACGGCUUCUCUUUUUGAUGGCGAGCUAAGGAAAAGAAACAUCUAGUCCAAGGAUCGUUCUUAGAAGAUUCCAGCCAGGAACCCCACCACCUGUUCUGUCUGGGCGGAUGAAGCGGAGGUUGUCGCCAUGGGGAGCCAGCUUUGGAAGUGGGCGAAGCAGUGACGCCGCUGCCAUGGCAUCAGGACCUUCAGAUGUGAUGGCCAACCAGGAGCCUGCUGAGGUUGCAGAUGAGUGCUCAGGAAAGAAGAAGUCUAAGUUCCAGACAUUUAAAAACUUCUUUGCCAGGAAGAAGAAAAAGGAGGUGUCUUUAUCAGCGGAUCAGUCAUCGCUUAAAGGCAGCCAGUCGAGCGACGAUAUCAGUAAAACAUCAGAAAACAAAGCACUCAGUCGCUCAGAGAAGGAGAAAGGUUCUGGGUCAAAGAUCAGUCUGGGCAGCAAAGCGUUGUCGCAUGACUCCGUCUUUGUCUCAGAUUCGUCGGACGCAAACGAGGCUCUGGGGGCAUCUCAGGACAGCAUUCAUGGAAAAGUCAAAUCUCUUCAGCUCCAGCUGAAGCAGGCCAUCAAACUGGGCUCUCCUCCAUCUCUGAUGUGUGUUAAGAGGACAGAAGAUGGCGGAACCAUGUCAGAAGAUGACGGUCUACCCUGCAGCCCCCCUGAAUACACUUCACCUCACACAGCCCUGAAUCAGGAUAAGAGGAACAGCUCCAUCAGCCUGGAGGGUAGCGACAGCGAUGAAGACCAGUCAUCCAGAGUUGGGAGCCCCCUUGUGGUGGUUCCAGGGGAUUUCAGUCUACCUGCCAGCCCGUUUGGCUGUCUGGAUAACUCUGCUGCCAAACACAAGCUGGGCCUAAGAAGUAAGGCCUGUAACAGGAGGAAACCUGCCAAUAGACUUGACAUCAAAGCAGAGGAACAUAGCAGGAUGAACGGAUCGUUGAACAUCCUGUCCCCAGAAUCUUUGGAGGCACAAGAGGAUGAGAAGAUAGGAGAUGCAAGUGGAGAUGAGCUGGACCAGAAACUGGAGAAGGAGGAUGAGCCGCCCUUGUUGGGAGAUAAGCAGGAAAGCAUGGAAGGAGAAGAUGUGUUGGAAGAAGAAGACCAGGAUGGUCGGGAGAGUUCCUGUCAAUCAGAGGAGGGCGGUCCAUCCUUUCCAAAGCACAGCACCAGAACCGCCUCUCUGGACAGUCCCAGAGCAACACCAGAGCCCCCUGCUGGCCAGAAAGACGUCUUCGACCAGCAUGUCGUUACAUGUGGAACAGAGGAGAACAUGGAUGGACUAGGAGAGGCUGUGGAAGAAGAUGGCUCCUUCUUACAGGAGGUGCUGAACUCCUUACCUUCUUGUUCCUCGUGCGUGGACUCUGAGGAUGUUGUCCUGGAGAUGAAGGAAGAAGAUAAGGAGCUAGAAGAAGCAGAAGAGGAGGAGGUGAAGGAUCAAGAGCCUGUCUUUCAUCAGGAGGCUCCUUCUGAUGCCCUCCUGUCGGGCCAGACGAGUGUGGAAGAGGAGGUGGAGGAAGCUCCUCAGAGUGGGAGCACUGCUGCUUUCCGUAUACAUGUCCAUGAAGAGGAGGAACGUGAAGAUGGUGAAGAACAGGAGGAGGAGGAAGAGCAGCUAGUCAUGGAAAGAUUCAGUCAUCCUUGUGGCAAAGGAGAGAAAGCGCUGCCAGGGGAAGAGAUACCUGAAGAAGAACAAGCCUUGAUCCAAAGAAGAUCUGACCCACAGGAAGCACAAGAAGUGGUGACAAGUGAUGAAGAAGAGGAGACAACACAGCUGGAGGUAAAGGAGGAUCAGGAGAUGAGAGAGGAGGAGAAAGAGAAGACACAACAGAUGGUAGAGGAGGCAAUAGACGUCAUGGAUAGAACGACUUCUAAAGCAGCGGGUGGAGAUGUUUGCAAUGUUCUCCCAGUCCAAGAGGAAGGGGAAGGUGCAGAUGCACUGGCAGGAGAUGAUGCCACCUGCAACCCACAAGUCAUAUAUGAUGACAGAUUUCCAGAAUCAUGUGAUCAGAAAGCUGACUCCGUAAACGAGAACCAACCCCAUGGAAAUGAUGAAAGAACUGGAGGAGAGGACAGAGCUGUGGUGGGUGAAGACUUAAACCGACAUUUGGAUAAAGAAGAAGGGCUGGAGGCUCAGGACAUUUACAGGAAACAAGACAUGGAUGAAGAUCUAGAGCAGGACAUAUCAAAAGUGAUGCAAACCAGAUCACCCAUGUCUUCUUCCUCUUUGCACUUUGAGUCUUUUUCACCACUAAAUGAGACUCCGACUAAGACCAACCUUCAAAGUGAGACCUUCAGUCCCACUAAGAUCAACGUUCCUUUUGAAACCUUCACUCCCACUAAGACCAACCUUGGAAGUGAGACCUUCAGUCCCACUAAGACUAACCUUCAAAGUGAGACCUUCAGUCCUGCUAAGACCAUCCUUCCAAGUGAGACCUUCAGUCCCACUAAGACUAACCUUCAAAGUGAGACCUUCAGUCCUGCUAAGACCAUCCUUCCAAGUGAGAUCUUCAGUCCCACUAAGACUAACCUUCAAAGUGAGACCUUCAGUCCUACUAAGACCAUCCUUCCAAGUGAGACCUUCAGUCCCACUAAGACUAACCUUCAAAGUGAGACCUUUAGUCAUGCUAAGACCAUCCUUCCAAGUGAAACCUUUACUCCCACUGAGACCAACCUUCCAAGUGAGACCUUCAGUCCCACUAAGACUAACCUUCAAAGUGAGACCUUCAGUCCCACUAAGACUAACCUUCCAAGUGAGACAUUCAGUCCCACUAAUACCAACCUUCCUUGUGAUACCUUCACUCCCACCAAGACCAACCUUCCAAGUGAGACCUUCAGUCCCACUAAGACUAACCUUCAAAGUGAGACCUUCACUCCCACUAAGACCAACCUUCCAAGUGAGACCUUCAGUUUCACUAAGACUAACCUUCAAAGUGAGACCUUCAGUCCCACUAGGACCAUCCUUCCUUGUGAUACCUUCAAUCCCACUAAGACCAACCUUCAAAUUGAGACCUUCAGUCCCACUAAGACUAACCUUCAAAGUAGUCCCCCUAAGACCAUUCUUCUAUGUGAGACCUUCACUCCCACUGAGACCAACCUUCAAGGGGAGACCUUUACUUCCUCUAAAACCAACCUUCCAUGUGAGACCUUCACUCCCACCAAAACCAACCUUCCAAGUGAGACCUUCACUCCUACUAAGACCACCAUUCCAUUUGAGACCUUCAGUGCCCCUGAGACCAGCCUUCAAAGGGAGACCUUUACUCCCAGUAAGACCAACCUUCCAAGUGAGACCUUUUCUCUCACUGAGACUAACCUUCCAAGUGAGACCUUCACUCUCGAUAAGACCAACCUUCCAAGUGAGACCUUCACUCCCACUGAGACCAACCCUCCAAGUGAGACCUUCAUACCCAUUCCGACCACCACUAUCCACAUGAACCUUGUCUCACCUAGUUCAGAGACAGGAAACAAGUUGGCCUUAAAUCUGUCCCCAACUGAAGAACAAUUCAUACCGUCUCAUGAAAUAACAACAGAAUAUGCUGAAGAAGAAACUUACAAAGUGUUAGAAGUGGUUGCUGAUGAGGAACAACAGGUGGAGCAAGUAUUUGAUACAACGGUUGGUGUGGAAAAGGUUACCAUUCCAUCACCUAAGGAAGAAGUAGGGAAAGAUGGUGGUUCCAAUCAGAACAAAGUCUGUUCCACAUUAGCCCCUGCCUGGCAGAGGUCUCUCUCUGGAGGGGAUUCCAAAAACAUUCCAGUGUCUUCCCCAACCCCAUCUGGAGGUGAAGAUGGUGAAGAAACCAUCAAGAAGGACCUCCAUGUGGAUGCACAGUCCCAUACACAUGCGGUAGUGACUUCUGGUAAAACAAACAUGGCUGGUGACAAUGAUGUCAAACCUCAGAAGACUGUGUCUCAGGACCCAGUCAGAGCUCAGACCUCGCCUGUUGCAGCCAAAGAAGAGAGUUCAGUGGUGGUGGAGGGAAGCUACGACAGUCCCUUUGGAGUUCGACUCAGGAAGACAGCAGUUCUGCACAGCUUCAGCUCAGAGGAGGAAAACACAGAGGCACCUGUUGAACCUCCAGCACAGCCUGUCAGCUCUAAAGUCGAGCCAACUGCCAUUGUCAAACCCUCCACAAGUCCAGCAAUCAGCAACAAACCUGCUCUCCCAAAGAAACCAGAUAUUCAUGGAGACAGUGGAGUGAAAACCAAGCGUGUCUCAGAGCCCGUCGCAGUCCGUAAUGUUUCUACUGGGUCUGAGUGUCCUAGCUGGAUCUCUGUGGCCAGACAGAAACAAAAGAUCUAUAAAAAAAACUCGCUGGAUGAAAUGACGGUCAAGAAGGAGGAACAAGACAAGAAGUCUCCACUGCCAACGUACGUCAGCUCUGCUGCAAGGAAAGAACUCGGCAACAAAACGCCUGAAUUCACUGGAAAAGUGAGUUUGUCAGAAAGCAGCAAUCCUCCAUGGCCUGCGGAGAAGGAGGGCAGGAAGUCUCUGUCGCCUCCUACUCCGGUGCCACCUCAGCCUCCUAAAUCCCAAGCACAGUCCUGCCCUGCACCUGCUAAACCACCGGCUCCUCUGGUCACUGCCAAACCUGCAUCCUCCCAUCCAUCCCCAUCCUCCUCCGCUCCGGCUCCUCUGAAAUCUCCCACUAGCGUCAACCCUCCGGUCCUCUCCAAAACCUCCCCCCCGUCCAAGCCCACGCUCACAUCACCUCCUUUUUCAUCGAGAGUCAACCCUCCCCUGCCGGGGCCGAGAGCUCCGGCGCUUUCCGCUCCAGCUUCUGUAGCCCCGCGUGGUCUUCCACCUUCGCCCUUGCCCCAAGAUGAGCCACCUUGGAUGGCUCUGGCCAAGAAGAAGGCCAAAGCUUGGAGCGAGAUGCCUCAGAUCGUUCAGUGACACACCCAGGUGUGCUCCUCUGCUUCAGUGUUGCGCUUUGAAGGCCACUUGACUCUCCACCAACAGCCUGGAUGGACCACACUACGUUUGCACAUUAAGCAGAGCUCUUCUUGCUUCCUUGUUGCUUGUAAGCAUCUGGCAAUCUUCUGUAAAAUGACUCCAAUCACGCUAACCAUUAACAUGUUGUCACGUGGACCUUCAGCCAUACUUUGAGAUCAUAAGGUGCCUAAGUAAGGGAAAGGAUGGAGGCACCUGAAAAAGUACAGAGGAGUUCCAGGACCACACUGAAGGGAAUACAAAGUACAAUUAUGAGGGGAAAACAAUGUAACGGUAUGAGGAAAAGUAAAGUGGUUCUUGGUGAAUGACAAAACGCCCUCACAAAUCUGAAGGGAAAAGUCAGCCACUGUAACUCGCAGCGAUUUCUCACGCAUAAAUGAGUACUUUUUUGUUAAAAAAUACUUAAUUUCUGUCAAAACUGUCCUCAUCUUAACAUCCUGUAUUUUAUGCUCAUAAUAUUACAAAUUGAUUCCACAGUAGGGAAGGGAUUCAUACGGACCCCAUUGCUGGGUGGAUAUUGCGUGCGAGGAAGGGGUGGGAGGGUUAAUCAUUUUUGCAAUGCAGUUUUCUGAAAAUGAUGGAAAGCGCCACUCUACAUAAUAAUAAUAAUAAUGGAUUAGAUUUAUAUAGCGCUUUUCUAGACACUCAAAGCACUUUACAGAGAAGUGAGAACCCAUCAUUCAUUCACACCUGGUGGUGGUAAGCUACAUUUGUAGCUGCCCUGGGGUAGACUGACGGAAGCGUGGCUGCCUACGGCCCCUCCAACGGCAGUGAUUUGGGACGGCAAGAGGCGGGGCGCGAACCUGCAACCCUCAAGUUUCCGGCACGGCUGCUCUACCCACCACGCCAUGCCGCCUCCACAUAGCAACUGACGCCGUGGUCAACGGUGGAAUCGCCACAAAGCAUUCGACACUCUACUGCCAUCCGGCGGCUGAGGUGAAUGAUGCACCCCAGCCCCCGCCCCCAAUUCAUCAAGUUUCAUUUGUCAGAAAAGACGUGACUAAUGGGGCCAUAUGCAUCCCCUUCCGACUGGAAUUGUCAUAAUGAUACAGUUUCUUCAUAAUAUUAAUCAUAUUUAAUAUAGCACCUUUAUUCUUCAUUAUAGGAUAACACAAGCUAUUAGGGGUGUGGGAAAAAAUCAAUUUGAAUUCAAAUCGCGAUUCUCAUGUUGUACGAUUCAGUAUCGAUUCUCAUUUUUCAAAAAAUCGAUUUGUAUUUUUAUUUUUUUAUUAAUCAAUCCAACAAAAUAAUACAAAGCAAUACCAUAACAAUGCAAUCCAAUUCCAAAAACCAAACCCGACCCAGCAACACUCAGAAC